AUGACUGGCCCAACUCAUUCCCCCUCUUGGAACCUCACUACCGCGCUUUAGUAAGACGUCAAAAAGAAAUAACUAACAAUCGGUCUUAUGAGAAGAUUCAUAGUAAAAUGAGGGAUCGAUGGAUCGAUCUUUGUGAGCAAAACGAAAGCUGGAGUACCGGCGAAGCAGAAAGAUGGAAAGCAAAACUCGUUGAAGAAGUAUUCAAAAAGCACCAUGAAUAACAGCAGGAACUUGACUAUGUCCAGGCCACCGGUCUACUUAUGAGAGAAGAGUUUAGGCAGAAGAUCGCUAUGAGAGGUGGUGAGGCCAGUGGCUAUGAAGACGGCGUUGUAACUUGGUCUGCGAAGUGUACUCCUGAUGAGAUGAUUCGAAAAUUCGAGGAAUUAGCAGGCCCCGUGGAUGAGUGGGAUGGUGUGCUUAAGUGUAUGUAUAUGGUACUUUUGGAGGCGCAUGAGGUGGGCAAGAAAUAUCCUUUUGAUGUUCCGCUUUCACAGAUACCGGAUGAUGAUGAUGAGACGGAGGAUUAUGAGCUAGAGGAGCACGACAUUGUGGAGAUGGACCUAGAUGGUGAUGAAGGGGAUGAGAGCAUGGAAGAUGCGAGUAGUGACAAUGGUAGUGGGAGUGAUGAAGGGGAUAUGGAGGAUAUGGAUGUUGAAGUUUUGAAAGCUGAUGCGGAAAUAGAACUUGAUGUGUUGGUUGGCAAGGCUAGGGAUUUUGUUGAGCUUCCUCUUCGCCAAUGA